AUGUCGAAGGAUCAGUCUUUCAAAAAAAAAAACCAUCCGCGCUCACAAUUUUUCCGCACUGAUCCUUUGGGCGAUCGUCGUCUCCUUAUCGUUGGCCUGCGUCCCGGCCGUCUCCGAACUCCGGGAGAACGCUGCGGUGUCCCAGAAGGCUACAAGCUACAAAUUCUCAAAAAUGGGCUUCUGGUGUCGAUUCGGCCGGCUUGCCGAAUCGACUUUUUGGAAGCCCAAAUUUUCGCCACACCACAAACUACACCAAAAAACGGACGGUUUUCUGGGCCCCAGUUGCUGCAUCACGGGCUCGGAGGCAGUCAUAGUCUACAAAGUGAGAACAAGAAGAACCUGAAGGUUGCCAUCAUUGGCGGAGGGCUGGCCGGAAUGUCGGCUGCGAGAAUUCUCCAAGAAAAAUCCGUCGACUAUGUCCUGUUCGAGGGCACCGACCGUGUUGGUGGCCGUGUCCGCCCGACCGAAUACAAGAACGGCUACCUCCAGAUGGGCGCCGAGUUCAUCAACGGAAAGAUGAACCCGAUGUACGAGAUUGCCACGCAUCUGAAGAUUGUCGAUCGGUAUAUGGACGAUGAGGAGCUGUUCACUGAUGAUUGCAUUUAUGCUUGUGGAAAGUCGGAGAUCUCGAAGAAGGACAUUGCCGAAUUCCAAUCGUUCACCGCCCCGCUGUCCGACAAGUUCGAAGAGGCCGGAAAGAGUGAGGUCACCCCGAGCGUCGCCGAAAUGUUCUACGCCGAGUACGAGGGCUGGCUUCAGCAGGACGAGCAGCGAUUUGCCAGGCGCAGAAUUUUCGACCGCCUGGCCAAGAUGUACCAGACGUUCUACGAGAACGAGUGGAGCGCCCCGUUCGAUCAACUUGCGGUGCUGAACCUCGACCGCUGGGACGACUUCUCGGAUGCGUUCGCGUCAUUUACGCUCGGGCCUUAUGGAUUUAAGGCUAUUCUUGAUGAGAUCAAAUCUCACGUCAAUGAGAAGAACAUCAGAUUCAACUCGAUCGUACAGAAUAUAGAUUAUUCAGGCUCAAAGGUCCGCCUGACCAUCGCUUCCGGCGGUGAGCCCCAACUCUUCGACUACGUGAUCGUCACCUGUCCAAUCGGCCAUCUGAAGCGAUUCUCGUUCUCGCUCUUCACCCCUCCGCUGCCCAAGCUCAAGCAGCAGGCUAUUGAUAGUCUCGGUAUGGGCAACAUGAUGAAGGUUUUCCUCGAAUACGAAACGGAAUGGUGGCCGGAGGAGGUCGGCUCCAUCCUCGCCCUCCCGGAAACAACAAAUAAUAAUAAUAGUAUAAGUAAUUUCAACUACAACAACAACAAGGAGAACGUGAAGCCGAUGGACUGGAAACAAAUCAAGGAGCUGGAGCGGCGGAGGAAGAUCAAGGAGACGUUGCGCGUGUUCCAGCCGUUGGAAUGGGAGAGCAAUCUACUCGUCUGCUGGCUGGCCGGCGACGGCCCCAAGCUAAUUUCUCAAGUGGAUGAUCAGGCGCUGGCCGAGCUGGUGACGGAGAGGUUAAGGGAAUCGCUCGUCGACCAGACGAUACCCCUGCCGAAGUCGUUGAAAAGAAUGGACUGGUACUCCCACCCGCUUUUCCACGGCUCGUACUCCUUCAUCACGCCGGAAGCUGCCGCUAUGGGCGACCCGUACGCCAUCAUGGGCGAGCCGGUCACGAAUGCGGCGAGUAAAAAACCUCAACUUCUCUUCGCCGGUGAGGCAACGCACACGAAUCUCUACCAAACCACAUCCGGCGCCUACCUCUCCGGCCAGCGCGAGGCCGAGCGCAUCUGCAAGCUCGAGGGCUUGAUC